AUGGACCGUCUAGUGUCUGCGUUCCAGUUCGAGCGGCUGCUCAGUUCCGACUCCCAGCUCAAGACCAUCGCGCUGCUGGGCACGAUAGGCGGCCGCGCCGCGAUUUUGCAGCUCGAAAAGUCGCAUUUCGACACCGCCAGCCUGCCACGCCUGCCCGUCCAGGAAAUUCGCGAAAUAGCGUCCAAUGACGUCUACCACUGGGCCAUGACCACGCUGCAGCAGUCUGCGGACCGCGACCCGGCAGCCAAGCUCAACCUCAUCUACCCGGCAUCAGAGACCCACAUCCGAAAGUACGAGAAGCCGGUCUUGCACAUUGUGCGCGAAACCCCAGAGCUGUACCGCAGCGUCGUGCUGCCCUAUAUAGAGACUAUGCGUGGAGACGUCAUCAAAUGGGUGCGCAACAUUCUGUACGAGGGGGCCGAGGCCGACCGUGUCGUCGUCAAGAACGACGAUUUCGUGCUUCUUCCAGACAUGAAAUGGGACGGCACGACGCUCGAGUCGCUGUAUCUCUGCUGCAUCGUCUACCGCGACGACAUCGCGUCGAUCAGAGACCUCAACGAGACGCACAUCCCGUACCUGGAGCGCAUCGCGGGCACGCUGAGGACGGAGAUCCCGCGCCGCUACAGCGUCGCGGGCGACCAGCUCCGCAUUUUCGUGCACUACCAGCCGUCGUACUACCACUUCCACCUCCACGUCGUCAACACGGCCUACCACGGGCUGGGCGAGUCGAUUCUGGCCGGAAGAGCCAUUCUGCUCGAGGAGGUGAUCGACACGCUGCGGUUUCUGGGGCCUGAGGGCUACCAACGGCGCACGCUCACCUACGCGAUCAACGAGUCGCACAAGCUCUGGGAGCUGGGCCUCAACAGGUCUGCUACGUAG